AUGGCCGGAAACACCAAAUACAGCGCUGCGCCCCAGCGAGACUCUUUCGAUGAUCCUGCCCAUUACUCUCAGGCACCACCAUCGUACGCCGAGCCAUCAGCGUCGAGAGAUGACGCCGCUCUCCUUGGUGGCCCUAGAAGCAGCGAAGACAAUAUCCCAGAUGACUUCAAAUUUGGUGGCUCGGUGUCGGAAGCCACCAUCGACAUCCGAAUGGCAUUCGUCAGGAAAGUCUACGCCAUCCUCUCUGUUCAACUCAUCGCGACGGCCAUUCUCAGUUGUAUCUCUUUCUGGAACCCCUCCUACAAAGUGUGGAUCCAGACAAACCAGUGGAUGAUGUGGGCGUCGCUUUUCGGUGCCAUCGGAUUUAUGCUCCUGACCUUCUGGAAGCGUAAAUCGUAUCCUAUGAACCUUCUGUUUUUGACAGGAUUCACUGCGCUUGAGGCCUACUCCAUCUCAGUCAUAACCUCGUUUUACGAUUCGAAGAUUGUGCUUCAAGCCGUGAUUCUAACAGCAGGUAUCUUUGUCGGACUCACCGUCUUUGCCUGCCAAACGAAAUACGACUUCACAUCAUGGAUGCCAUAUCUGUUUGGAGGACUGUGGACUCUCGUUAUAUUCGGCUUCGUUGCCGCAUUCUUUCCUUAUAACUCAACCGCUGAGCUGAUUUACGGCUUGGUGGGUGCCUUGAUCUUCUCCGGCUACAUCUUGGUGGACACUCAACUCAUCAUGAGACAUUAUCACGUCGAGGAGGAGAUUGCGGCGGCCAUCAGCCUCUACCUUGAUAUCAUUAACCUCUUCCUUGCCAUUCUCCGCAUCCUCAACAGCCAACAAAACAACUGA